UAUGGGAAACUAACUUUCUAUGUCCUACUUCCCCUUUUGCUUGCACUCACCAAUAACAUUUUUCAGAAGCGCAGCAUCACCAGCAGCAGGCAGAGUACCGCAGAGCUCCAGUGGUUAGAGUGUAAUAGCCUGUUAGAUGACAGGAGUUUCACACUAAUUCCCACAUGGCUCCUUCCAGCUCUGUCUCACCCACAGCCUGGACCUCGACCAGCCCAGUUAUUGCUAUGAACGUCUUCUCCUCCCUUACCUCAUCCUCCUCUUGUCCCCACCUCUACCAAUUUUCCAGUGACUCCAGCAAUGCAUGUCUGCCAAACGGCACCUGUAUACCCGCCGGGGUCAGUCACAUGAUCCUGCAGCAUUACAACUACACUGGUCGCCUGCAGAACAGGACUAUUUCAAGCAGCCAGAACAUGAUCAGCACCGCUGUCAUUGUCUUCCUCUUUGUUAGUAUUUUUAUCAUCCUGGAGAAUCUCCUUGUACUGGUGGCAGUCAUCUCCCACAUCCGUCAUUGCCGGCGUUGGGUUUACGUGUGCAUUGCAAAUAUCACUCUCAGUGACCUUCUCACAGGUGUUGCCUACCUGGUUAAUAUCUGUAUGUCAGGGAGCCAGACGUUUCGCCUGAGCCCUGCGUUAUGGCUCUUCAGGGAGGGCAUGCUGUUUGUGGCUCUGGCGGCAUCAAUAUUCAGUUUGCUGCUGAUUGCUGUGGAGCGUUACACCGCAAUGAUCAAGCCACUUCACCAGAAGUCAGCCAAGAGGACCUACUGUCGGAUCUAUGGCAUGGUGGCGCUCUGCUGGCUUUUGGCCCUGGUUAUCGGAUUCCUUCCUUUGCUGGGAUGGAACUGUGUGUGCAGCCUGGACAGAUGCUCCACCCUCCUACCACUAUACUCCAAGACCUACAUCCUUUUCUCCCUCAUCAUCUUCUUCCUCAUCCUCUUGGCUAUUGGUGUGCUUUAUGGUGCCAUCUACUGCCACGUACACAGAAGUGCACAUCUGAGCUCCCAACGCAGUCGCAACCGCUCCUUGGCUCUGCUUAAAACAGUGAUCAGCAUCGUUGGUGUCUUCAUGGUUUGCUGGGGGCCUCUGUUCCUGCUCUUACUGGUUGAUUUCUUCUGCAGUUCCCGUCAGUGUGCAAUGCUAUUCCACGCCAACUGGUGCAUCUCCCUGGCCGUGUUCAAUUCUGGACUGAACCCCAUCAUCUACGCUCUGGGCAGCAUUGAGAUGAGAAAAGCUAUUGCCCAACUUCUGUGUUGCUGCUGCCUGAAGGUGGGCCUCUGUGACCCCCAUACAUUCUCCUCUAAAGAGAGCAGUAGCACCUCAGAGGGCAGGAAGGAGAGCAUGAGGAACAGUUUCAAUAAAGUCAGAAAUGUGAGCGUGGCGUCACCACCCUCAACUCCAAACAAAUCUUGCAAGGCGCACAAAAAAUACAGGCUGAGCUCCACCACCACCUGCCUAUCAGUUUCAAGUGGUUAAACCACAAAGUGCUCCCCACCCAAGCAAACAGGUGCUGUGAGCACUCAUCCACAUCUAACCAUUUCCUCUGAGUUCUGGUUUGAGUGUUCAGUGCUUUUAGUUAUGCUGAUAAUCAUCAGAAAGCAUAUUACAAACAGCCCAUAUAUAGCAAACCUGUUAAAAAACGACAUGCCACUUAGCUUUGCCGCUCUGCCAUGUUGUUGCACUGUACCUACUCUGCAUGCAGAUUAUUUUAAGUAUAUUUUUUUAUAGAGGAAUUAUUACCAGAUAAAUUUGUAAUGUUCAGAAUAAAAAAACAUUUUUUUAUUACGGCAUUAAAAUGCUUUGAUAAAGCUAAUGUUUUGUUUCCAGAUGUCUGAAAAAUAUAUGAAUAAAGGAUAUUUUGUGUUA